AGAAUGAUGCACAGAAAGCACAGAAAUUCUAAGGAGCUGUCUCGCCUUACGUUUAUCCCAGCGCCUUCCGUCGUAGUCGCCUGCCGACAUGAUGUUUCCGUAGAAAUAUGUGAGACGCCGAGUUAUGAUACCGUCCUAUGUACGUUAACUGCUCGAAAAACAAGAAGAGAGCAACUCCACUGUCCAACAACGACAACGGUACAAGCGUCUGACGUAUAUAUCUACCAUGCGUUGGUGGUGCCGCAGUUACCUCAACGCCAGGUUGGGAAAAUGAUGCGCGGGAAGCGCAGUACAUUUGAGGAAAUGUAUUACUUCAUGCAAAUUGGCAUUUUCCGCUCGCACGAAGUGCUGCGGCGUGUGGAGAGCAGGGAGCACCUCCUCACACUGACGUCGGCUUGUACAGUGCGGUUCACCCAAGCAUCAGAUCUCAGAUAGCAUCAGAAGAAAGGCUCACAUUAUUCUCGUGUCAUUCAAUGCCAUCGCUUGGAAAAGUCAGAAAGUGCGGCAUACGUCAGCUUAUUGCAACACACCUACCUACGCCAAAGGCCGUUGUAGGCCAUGUCAGAGGCGACGGGAAGAUGACACGAGUCGCAAAUCUUGAAGAAACUGGUAUAUUUCUGAGGCUGUGGUUGCCCAGCAGGCUGCAUUGAAGAUAGGAGACGGUGGUGGUUAGAGAU